UGAGGACAAGCCAACAUGAGGCCUGACGGGGCUUCUCUGCUGCUGCUGCUGGCGGUGUGUUUCCUCGGUGUGUGUGCUCUCUCACAUGUGGAGGAGAUGAAGAGUCAGGAGCGGCUCUUCCUCAACUCUCUGGGGCUCUCCGGGCGGCCUCGGCCCGCGGGGAGCCACCAGCCCCGGCGCCACGUCCCCUCCGCGCUCUGGAGGAUGUUCCGGAGGUCAGAGAACGUCCAGGCCGGGGAGAGCGACCCCUGCACGGUGUCCGAGUACGGAGUCCGCGGCAACAUCAUCCGAUACGUGCAAGACCAAGGCAGGCUGCUGUCUGGCUGGAGCAGCAGCUGUCAGGCCUGUCUGGAGAAGCAGCUUUUCUUCAACAUGUCUGUCCUGCAGCCUGUGGAGCUGCUGUCUCUGGCUCAGCUGGAGAUCAAGUUCCACUGGAAGCCCUUCAGACCUGCGGAGCUCCUGCAGACACCCGGGGCCCUCAGCGUGUCUCUGUAUAAAGUGAUUCGAGCCACACUGAGGGGAGCCAAUCCCCAGGCAAACCGCAGACUCCUGCUGUCCCAGUCGGUGCAGCUGCAGCCCGAGCCCUCCUCCAUCACCAUGGACCUCACCCCGCUGGCUGAAAGCUGGCGCAAACCGGGACGCAACUACGGUUUGGUGUUAGAGCUGCUGCCUUUCAACGCAGAUCCAGAAGAGCUGCUCUCUUUCCACCCUGGGAACUCCCUCCCUUUGGAGCCAGCCUUCAGCCUGCCUCUGGUCCAGGCCUCGCUGGUGGCUGUGUCCCUCAACCCCCACCAGUGUCGCUCCAGACAGAGAAGAAGCGCUGUCCACCUCCCCGUGACGCCCAGCAACGUGUGCAAGGCCCGCCGCCUCUACAUCGACUUUAAAGACGUGGGCUGGCAGGACUGGAUCAUCGCCCCGCAGGGCUACAUGGCUAACUAUUGCCACGGCGAGUGCCCGUUCCCGCUCAGUGAGAGUCUGAACGGCACCAAUCACGCCAUCCUGCAGACUCUAGUGCACUCUCUGGACCCGCACGGCACGCCACAACCCUGCUGCGUCCCCAUUCGCCUCUCCCCGAUCUCCAUGCUCUACUACGACAACAACGACAACGUGGUGCUGCGACAUUACCAGGACAUGGUGGUGGAUGAGUGCGGCUGUCGAUGACAACUGACAAUCAAGUAUCCACAGGUUAAGCUUCUUGGAGUUUGUUUCUUAAUGUGACUUAAUGCUGUUUGUCAGAUGACGUCUUUAAUGUUAAGUGCUUAAGUCAAUUAUUUUAAAGAAUUCAUCAUUUGUAUUUGUUUGUUCUUAGAGAAAUGUGGACAUAUUUUUUAAUAGGAAUGUUAAUAAAAAUUGCAAUAAAGCUACACUGGAGGACUGAAUUUCAAA